AUGACCCCUCAGUCUGGCCCAGUCACUAUCACUUCUCUUGCUUCUACGACUGGUCUGACAACCGUUUCUCCCGGUCCCAAUGGUGGUCCUCCGACGGUGGUUACUUUUGUCACUACGCCGCUGUCUCCAGUGACCAUCACAUCAGUCGCGUCGACAACUGGGCUCACAACCAUUCCUCCCGGUCCCAAUGGAGGUUCUCCGACGGUGGUCACCUUUGCGACCCCUCAGUCUGGCCCAGUCACGAUCACGUCGCUUGCUUCUACGACUGGUUUGACAACCAUCCCCCCUGGUCCCAACGGAGAUUCUCCUACUGUCGUCACGUUCGUCACUUCGCUUCUCAACUCCCAAAAGACAGUAACAAUCACCUCUACCGCCCUCACUACUGGGUUGGUGACUCUGCCCCCGGGGCCUAAAGGAGGCCCUCUUACUGUUGUCACUUUCGCUCCAGAACCCCCGGGAACGGUGACCAUAACAUCUUUCGCAUCUACCACUGGCCUGAGCACUCUUCAAUCCGGUCCUGAUGGUGGCCCGCCGACUGUGAUUACCUUUGUUACCACACCUUUACCUCUAGUGACGAUAACCUCACAAGCAUCCACAACGGGGUUGACAACUCUUCUUCCGGGGCCUAACGGCGGUCCACCAACUGUCGUUACCUUUGCAACGGGGCCUCCUCCAAUUACUGUUACGUCUACUGCAUCUACUACUAGCCUCACAGCGCUUCCGUUAGGGCCCAACGGGGGACCUGCUACGAUAGUUACCUUCGUUACCGGUCCGCCGGCAGCCAAGCUUCCUGUCACCUUGACAUCUACCGCAAGCACUACCGGUCUCACUACUAUUCCACCUGGACCAAAUGGCGGAGCCCCUAUAAUUGUCACAUUCGUGACGGGGCCUCAGCCUAUCACGUUGACCUCGACCGGCAGCGCGACCGGUCUUACGACGCUUUAUCCGGGCCCAGACGGCGGUCCCACGACCGUCAUCACCUUUGCGACCGGUCCUCUUCCAGUCACCUUGACAUCAUUUGGAAGCACAACUGGGCUGAGAACAUACCCUCCGGGGCCGGGUGGAGGCCCUCCUACCGUUGUUACCUAUGCUACAACAACCGCGCCUGUGCUAGUUACAAUUACGUCUACGGCUAGCACUACUGGGCUAACAACUCUUCCUGCUGGUCCAAACGGCGGCCCACCAACGGUGGUGACGUUUGCGACUGGUCCUCUUCCAGCCACCUUGACCUCAUUCGGAAGCACAACCGGAUUGACUACGCUACCUCCAGGCCCCAGUGGAGGCCCUCCCACAGUUGUUACUUUCGCUACAACUACCGCACCCAUUCCAGUUACAGUCACUUUCACUGCGAGUACUACAGGUCUCACAACUCUUCCUUCACGUCCCAACGGCGGUCCGCCAACAGUAGUGACGUUUAUUACUGGCCCGCCUCCGGUUACCCUCACAUCUUUCGGAAGCACAACUGGGUUGACUACAUCCCCCCCGGGUCCAAACGGCGGUCCUCCUACUGUUGUCACCUUUGCUUCAAGCACUGCGCCUAUUCCAAUUACAAUCACCUCAACCGCGAGUACUACUGGCCUCAUCACUAUUCCUGCGGGUCCGAACGGCGGCCCGCCCACCGUUAUUACCUUCACCACCCUACCGCAGCUCACCGCGGUCACUCUAACUUCAACCGCAAGCACCACAGGGCUGACGACUGUUCCUCCUGGUCCUAAUGGCGGACCGCCGACCGUCAUCACCUUCGCCACGGGCCCAGCGCCCGUGACGCUUACUUCUAUGGCCACCACAACUGGCUUGACUACGAUUCCUGGUGGUCCUGGGGGCCCUGAUACAGUUAUCACGUUCAUCACCAGCCCGCAACCAAUCACCAUCACGUCUACCGCCACCACUACUGGUCUCACAACAUUGUCGCCGGGUCCAAAUGGUGGGCCGCCGACGGUUGUCACUUUCGCUACAGGCCCGGCACCAGUGACUAUCACAUCGACUGCUAGUACGACGGGCUUGACUACUAUACCUGGAGGACCGGGCGGCCCCAACACAGUCAUCACCUAUGUGGCGAGUCUUCCACCGGUCACGGUCACGUCUACCGCAACUACCACCGGCCUAACGACUGUGCCCGGGGGUCCUGGGGGUCCACCUACCGUUAUCACCUUUGUUACCGGACCCUCUCCUAUCACCGUGACUUCAAUAGCGACGACGACUGGUCUAAUAACGCUGUCGCCGGGCCCUAACGGUGGACCAAGUACAGUAGUGACUUUUGUCACUGGCAUUCUCCCUGUAACAGUAACUUCAACGGCAUCUACGACAGGUCUAACAACUAUCCCGCCUGGUCUAAAUGGAGGCCCUACUACGGUAGUCACGUUCGUGACAAGACCGGCCCCCGUCACUUUCACAUCUACUACCUCUACGACAGGCCUGACAACUCUUCCCAUUGGCCCAGUCACUAUUACCUCAACAGGCAGCACUACAGGGUUGACAACCAUUUCUCCCGGAACGGCCGGCGGACCUCCUACUGUGAUCACGUUCGUGCCUCGUAUCGGGGUCGUCCGUACUCUGACAUCUACCGCCAGUCAGACCGGAGUCACCACUCUGCCUCAAACGGAUCCUGCUGGAACGACAACUGUGGUUACUUUCGUUCCGCAAGCCACAGAGCUUUCAGCCACAGGGCUUUUGACAACCUUAACUUCGACUGGCGCGCAAACAGGCGUCACUACUUUGCCUCAAACAGAUCCUGCUGGAACGACGACUGUGGUUACUUUCGUUCCGCCAGCCACAGGGCUUUUGACAACCUUAACUUCGACUGGUGCGCAAACAGGCGUCACUACUUUGCCUCAAACAGAUCCUGCUGGAACGACGACUGUGGUUACUUUCGUCCCGCCAGCAACAGGAUUCCUGACGACGCUAGUAUCGACAGGUACGCAGACGGGUGUUACUACCUUACCUCAGACCAACCCAACUGGCACGACUACGAUAGUCAGCUUUAACCCUCCAGCCAUUGGACUCCUCACGACAGUUGUGUCAACAGGCACGCAGACGGGAGUGACUACACUUCCCCAGCCCGACCCAACGGGCGUCACUACGGUCAUUAGCUUUGUACCUUCAGCCACCGGCUUUAUUACCACGGUAGUUUCAACGGCCACUCAAAUAGGCGUGACAACCCUACCUCAGCCUGAUCCAACUGGAAUUACCACAGUCGUCAGUUUCGUACCUCCAGCCACAGGCUUACUCACCACGCUGGUCUCUACCGCGACUCAGAUAGGAGUGACUACGCUGCCUCAACCCGAUCCAACGGGCGUCACUACGGUCAUUAGCUUUGUACCUCCAGCCACCGGCUUUAUUACAACGGUGGUUUCAACGGCCACUGAGACAGGCGUGACAACCUUACCACAGACUGAUCCAACCGGAAUUACUACAGUCGUUAGCUUCGUUCCUCCAGCCACAGGCUUUAUUACCACAGUCGUUUCAUCUGCAACUCAGUCCGGCGUCACGACCCUACCUCAAACCGACCCAACCGGAAUUACCACUGUUGUCACUUUUGUGCCACUUACCGGUGGCAUUACAACAGUUGUAUCAACGGCAACUCAGACGGGUAUCACGACGCUUCCCCAACCCGAUCUAACGGGUAUUACGACAGUUGUUAGCUUCGUUCCUCCAGCCACCGGUUUCAUCACCACAGUCAUUUCAUCGGCAGCUCAGACGGGAGUUACUACAUUGCCUCAGACCGACCCAACUGGUACUACCACAGUUGUCAGCUUUGUGCCACUGACCGGUGCCUUUACAACGCUUAUAUCAACGGCAACCGAAACGGGUGUGAUCACUCUCCCACAGACUGACCCAGCUGGCAUCACCACAGUUCUCAGCUUCGUGCCUCCCAUCACCGGUGCCUUAACAACGGUUGUCUCUUCCGCAACUCAGUCUGGUGUCACAACCCUACCACAGACAGAUCCUGCGGGUACGACUACCGUCGUCACAUUUGUUCCCAUCACUGGCGCUCUCACAACGGUUGUGUCUUCAGCUACCCAAACGGGCGUCACAACUUUACCCCAAACCGAUCCCGCCGGCACUACAACUGUCGUUUCAUUUGUUCCCAUAACCGGUGCCAUCACAACUGUGGUCUCUUCCGCUACCCAAACGGGUGUUACGACCUUGCCUCAAAUCGAUCCUGCUGGCACGACUACCGUCGUCACAUUUGUUCCCAUCACCGGCGCCCUGACAACCGUAACUUCAACAGCAUCCCAAACUGGCAUAACAACCCUUCCUCAGACCAACCCAGCUGGCACGACCACUAUUGUCACUUAUGUGACGCCGAGCCCGAGCUGCACCCCUGGAUUGCUAUGGGCGUACUAUGGCUUGUCACAAGCUCCGACCGACACCGCCAGUCAGGCGGGCAAGAUCCCGUUCCAGAAUUCAGACGCAACCUCACAAGCAAACUGGAAGACAACUUACUUCAAUAUUCAAACCGUACUCAGCGGACAGAGUCCCAAUAAUAGGGGCUUAACGACCACAGUUGGUCUGUCAUCGUCUUGUGGCACCUCGACCCGAAAUGUUUAUGGUACUACUGUAUCAGAAUCCAACUACAUCAUCGUGCAGCAUAUUGGCUAUUUUCAUCCUGCUACAUCCGGAACCUACACUUUCAGCUUCAGCGGUGUGGACGAUAGCGUCUAUCUCUGGCUGGGCAGCAGCGUCGCCAAAAGUGGCUACAGUAAUUCAAAUUAUAACAAAAAUGUCAAUUACUACGACACAAGCAGUUCGGGUACUUUUACAUUUACUGCGACUGCUGGUCAAUACUAUCCGAUUCGUAUCUUGUUCGUCAACGCGCAGAACUGUGGCUUGUUCAAUUUCUCGCUCACGAAUCCCGCCGGCAGCGUUGUCGUUUCAAACUCCCAGUCUGUCGUUGGAGACCAGCUUGUGAGCAGCUGCCCGAACAAUGCAGACGCCGCUCCCUUUAGUUUCUAG